CUCAUAUGUAACGAUGAAUUCUUUCCUCUCUGAUUGUUGGAAUAAGACUGUCCAUCAUGAUUCGGUCAAUAGAAGAAACAGAGGAAAUUGAAAAAAGGACAAACAGGGAGUGGAGAACAGUGUCAGACCCAAAAGAAGCUGGUUGGCUAUUUUCACAAGACCUCCUCCACAGGGACAGAGAUUCAAACACUCUAUUUCUGAGUUUGGACAUCAGACAAGACAGGGAGGAGCAAGACCGAGCUUUAGUCCAAUUCUACAAAAAAGACAAUGUCCGAUGGACGUCAUCACUACAAAGCACACUCCGAGGUGAUGUUGCAAAAGGAAGUGGAGUUGACCGUCAUGUGAUGUCAACAGUGAUUUUCAGGCUAAUGAAUGGAUUCCAUAUAAACCUAGGAAAAGUUGCUGUUACCAAAGUCUUCGAAGGUGAGCCCGAUCACCUCAUCCCCUCAGUUUCUGAUGAACUACUGGACAAUAACAUGUUUGCAGUCGCAGGCCGGAUGAUUGGCCAUUCCUUCUUGCAUUGCGGCCCCAGACUCCCAGGACUUAGCCCUGCCAUUAUUCACAUUCUCUUUGAGGGUUCACUGGAAAGUGCUCCUGUGACAAUACGCGACUGCUCGGACCUCGAUGUCCGAGACAUCAUAAUGAAGCUUCAAGGAGAUGCUGAAGUAGAAGAAUGUGGCAUAACCAAUCAGCUCUGCCUUUCAUGGGACCUUCCAACACCAAAUGCCACAAACAGGAAAUGCCUGUCAGAAAAGAUUCUCUUGCAUGCUGUGAUCGAGCGAACGAAACAUCAAAUCAAUCAGUUCCGACAAGGCUUAAUCGAAACAGGGCUCUGGCCACUCCUCAUUCACAGAAGAGAUGUUAUCCCAGUCCUGUUUCCAAGGGAUUCAGAAGCUGAAAUCACCCCUCAGAUUGUCUUGGAUUGCAUCAUUUGGCCAUCAUCCAUAACUGUUUUCUUUGAGAGCUACAAGGCCAAAGACGAAGACGAGUCCGAGAUCAUGGAUGUACACCGAGUAUCUGGCUUCUUGAAAACAUAUAUUGAAAAUGCGUCUUCCACAGAGCUUAAGAGCCUCAUAAAGUUCUGGACAGGAUGGGAGGUCCCCGCCACAGAGAUGAAGGUGGAAAUAGUCGAGGCCACUUUCCCGACUGCUGCGACGUGUUUUGAGAAGCUGAGGCUGCCGAGGCAUUACACGACAUACAAAGCAUUUCACCAAAACCUGUGUGCAUGUAUAUCAACCAGUGACAGUGGAUUUGGAUGCACCUGAAGUAGGCCUGCAGAUAUGAGAAAACUAUUUGAUGUGUGACAACAUUAGUCAAUAUUGCGAUCAUGAUACAAACUUCAAUAAAUAAGCAAGCAUGUCCCUCCUGAAUCCAAAAUAAAUCCCCAAAACUAUUUCUUUAUUCUCAUUUUAUAUGCCACGAAUUCAUCUGAGGGUACCUGAUAGCUACCUGUAACUUUGAUCGGACUGCAUUAAAAUGGUGUGAAAGUAUGACCAUUUUACCUAGGCCACCAUCCAACAGAUCAAAUGCUACAUGCUGAGUGACACAGCAUUGCUUGACUACAUUAAAAGUGUGUUUUUAUUUACUAUGAUAAAAUCAGACUUUUGCACUGUGUGUCUUGUGAAGGCUCAUAAUGAAAAACUAUAGACGAUGAAAUCACACGAGGCUAUACAGCGCCCCCGUUUGUUGGUUGUGUUGAACUUUUUAAUAUACUUUUGUAGAGUGAAUGGAAUUUUUGUGUAACUGUUGAAUGGAAAAUAAAACUUUCUUUUUUCAAAUCUUUUCGUCUUAUUUUUUCUCAUUUCCUACUGCAACUCUUGAUUUUCGCUGCUCAGUGUUUCAUUUGUAAUGGCUUACCUAACGCUGCAGCAUGUCGUUACUAGGACUAUAAUAAUGAGUACUUUUAUGAAUGACUUAUCUUUCUGAAUAUUAUGAUGUAAAUAUAUAGUUAACGUGUGAAACAUGGUUCUAGAAAUAAUUCAAAUAAAGCAGUAAUCGGUUUUAAAUUCAUAAGUUGAUUGUUAACAAGUUGCAUUAUGCUCAAUAUCAAUGGAGAGCAAAUGUAACAGUUACAAGUUUUAAAAUGAAUGGGAAAAAUAAAUAUUCAGAGAUGUCUAGUCAUUAUUUUUCCUUUUCAAAACCUGUUGCCUCAUUUCUACAGUGCAACUAUCCCCUGUAACCCCUGAGACAUUCAACACCAAAUACACCUUAAACUGCUAGUCUCAAAAUGAGAUGAAGCUGGAAAAACUGGAUUUAACAAAAAGAAAAUCAAGAUUUCUCUUUCACUACCUUCACCGCUCCCCUUGGUCUCCCAUAGUUCACAUCCUUGCCCCUAAAUUAAUUUCUACAGAGUGGCUGGGCGGCCCCAGAUGUAUGACACUCAGACAUAAAUAUUUCCCUGAAGUAGCUCUGCUGCACUUUUAAUGAAAAGUUAACAACUUGAACUUUAACCCCUCAAGUUACUUCAUUAAAGGAAGAAUAUGGGACAUUUAUUCAGCAGGCUACCCACAUCAACCACAUGGGGGUAGCAGAGGUAAAUCAUUGUGGAGCCAGAUACUAGUCACUCUGCUUUCUCUGUCUGCAUUACACAGCUUCUCCUCAGUCCAUUUAUCUUAAUGCUUUCCUUUCUCAUCCAUUAACUAAUAAUUGAGAGACCUUUGCCAGCAAGACGCUAAAGGUCAGUAAAGGUUGUGAUGAUAAAAUACAAAGACUGGAACUACUUUGAGAUUGCCCUGCAUUCAGUGUCAGAAAAAAAGGUGAAAUAUUCAAACUGAUAAUCUAAUAAAAGUUAACCUCUCAGUGUGUACUAUACAUUGCUUU